AUGGAGUGGCAAGUCGUCAGCGGCCCGAUUCGGACUUUUAAUUUCGGGACCUGCACCGACAAAGAAGGACUGACAGCCUGUUUGCGCUGUCGCCUGCAAAAGGUAUGGGCCAUUCCCACCCGUGCAGCCCUUUUCCGUCGGAGCAAGCUUUUACUAAGAGGACAUGGUUUUUUCCCCGCAAAGCUCAAGUGCGAUCGUGGCCGUCCUACGUGCAGCCGGUGCCGUCGACUCGGCGCCGACUGCAGCUAUCCCGCGCCGCCGGAUCGCCGCGGCCCGCGGGGUAAGCGCAAGCGGCGGCCGCUGCGUGCGCGGACCGAAGACACCGGUGAGGGUACCGGUGCCGGCCAGCACCCGGCCCUGGUGUCCGAGCCCCCAGAGACGGGAGGCUCGGGGGAACCGGCGGCAGGCGAACGUCCUGCUCUUCUGUCAUCUGACAUUUCCAGGUCACCUGUUCAGAGGCAGUACCCUGUAGAGCAUGCUGCUGCCACUGGUAAUGUCGUGGGCUACGCAUCCACGAGCAUGGUGACGGAAUAUCCUGUGCUCUCCGGUUCCUAUCAAAAUCAGCUGCGCAAGUCAACUUCGCUCCCAAACGAGUCUGCCCUCGAAGCUGGCCAACCGCCUCCGUUGCCGCCGACCUCGCUUGGUCUUGCCUUGCUGGAAAUAUACUUUGCACGUAUAUACAAUGCGUCAAUUCUAUUCCACAAGCCUCUCCUCUUCCAACAGUAUAUUGAGGGCACAAUCCACCGAGCUCUACUGCGAGCAUUGUUUGCCAUGGCUACUCUUUUCCUUCAUCCGAGGAGCGACGAGAACAGAUCGAGAACCACUUCCAAUGAAGAACUUGCGAUACUAAGUGUGUAUCAAUCCUCGGGACUUCCGUGGGCCAAAGCUGCCCUGACCGAAGCCAUGCAGCUGGUCAUGCAGUCCCCAUCUCUCAUGGUCGUCCAAGCAUUGCAGUGCGUACAGCUGUAUUGGUUUGGCGUCGGGCAACCUCACUCGGGAGACUUGUGUAUUGCUCUCGCCUAUCGAGCAUCACAGGUCCUUGGCUUCGACAAAAGGCUUCCUCGUGAGAUAGACAUCUCCGGCGAAACCCUCGAAGUUGAACUUGGUCGCCGGUGUUUCUGGGCUUGCUGGAUCUCUACCUGUAUUGUGAUGGAGCCUGAGCCAUACGUCGAAUCGGCGUGGAAGGAGGCUGCCAUGCUACCGCUCCCAGGCUCCAUUGCCUCGAGCUCCCAAGGCUGGAGAGUAACUUAUAACCAGACUAUGGAUAAGUACUGGCACGCUAUUUCGGUACAGCUUCGACCUUCCGAGGCCGAAACUCGCCCUGCUACCGCAAGCGGUUCCCUGAUCAAAAUGAUUGGCGUUUGGUACGAAGGGGCAAAAGUUCAGCUUCUCUGCAAAGACCGCCCGUCGUCGAUUACCACUGGCGAGCUGACAUCUGUCCAUCACUUUUCACACUUGGCAACAGUCCUGUUUCACGACGCUACUUCCGCCAGGAGCUCAGCCUAUCAAGAUGAUUCCACGAUGGAGGUCCAGAAUAUAUACAUGUUUCAUGACGCCAUUUACCACCAAUGCCAGAUCGUUUUGCACUCACUGGUUGUUCCGCUCUUCUCCGGGAUCCCCGCGGAUCGCAACCUUGACAACCACCGUCAGGCACAGAUUCUGGCCGCAGAAACGGUUCUGAAGCACGCCGAUCUAUAUAAGCAACUAUUGACGCCGUAUCUUCAUGGCGACGAGGACGUAUCGCGUUUGCCUCCGCUUCUGGGCUACGGCGCAUUUGUAGUGGGAAUGGUGUUUCUUUCCACGGACGCUGCUCGGCGCAAUCAAGUUGCGACUGAGGCAACUGCCGACGCCGAUGAAGCCAACGACAGGCUACUUGCGGUCCAGGACAUAGUCAGAGUUUUGGACAUUUUGAGAAACUCUUGGAGAGCAUUGCAGCAACCGUGGGAAGUCCUCAGCUCUGCGUUGCAGCCCUACCUCUCGAGGUCAUCCGAUCCUACAAACUUGCGAGACCCCUCGCUGAGAAGUAAAGACCGGGGCGUGCCACAAACAACGGAUGGGACCGGUCGGUCGGCGAACGGCAACGACGAAGGCAGGGGCCCCGGAGCAUAUACAGAGAGUAGCGGCGACUCCGCUACACGUCCGGCCAGUAAUGAGCAAGCGCUCGAUGGGAAUCUGGAGGAAGUGCUGCCGAAUGUCUCCUUCGCAGGCCAGGCUGAUCUGUUUGCAGACUGCGGAUGGUACGGCAUGUCACUGGCAGAAGUGGGAGUCGAGCAGCUGGUGGGUUAUGAGCCGUCCAGCUUGUUUCUACAGGGAUGGAAGGCAUUCAGUUAG